CAGUCGCCAGCAGAUCUCACAGUUGCAGGAGAUCAGCUGGUGUUCAACUUGAACGCGCUUUCUCUCUCUGUGUGCACAGGUCAGUUUCUCAUAGCACCCUCCUCCCUCUCUACCUGAACACACCUGAGUGUAAUCGGUGCUCUGGUGGAGUAGGUGAGGUGAUAAAAGAGCAGAGAGUGCAGGGACAGGGGAGGAGCAUGGAGAUCACACACACAGACAGCAGCACACUUGUGGGAGUGUUCAUUCCUCACCUUUUUUCUCAAGCAGACUCCAGCCAACUCAGCAUCCUCAUCCUCCUGGACCUCACUGCAGCUUUUGACACCAUCAACCACUCCACUCUUCUCUCCUGCCUUGAAUCUUCUCUCAGUAUCACCGGCACUGCCCUCUCCUGGUUCAAAUCUUAUCUCAAACAGACAAGAGUUCAUCCACAUCAACAACUGCACCUUCUCCACUGCUCCUCUGUCCCAUGGCGUUCCCCAGGGUUCAGUGCUUGGUCCACUCCUCUUCAUCCUGUACAUGCUGCCCCUUGGCAGCAUCAUCAACGCCAUAGUCUCUGCUUUCACUGCUACACUGACGACAUCCAAAUCUACAUCUCCGCCAAAUCCAUCACCACUGCCACUCACUCCACACUCACCAACUGCCUCACCGACAUCAAAAUCUGGAUGCAAACAAACUUCCUUCAACUAAACUGUGACAAAUCAGACAUAAUCACCAUCAUCCCCAAAUCCCUCAUCAAAAACACUAACAGCUUCUGCCUCAACAUGGACAACACCACCCUCUCCCCUUCCCCACACAGUCACAACCUCAGAGUCAUUUUUGACAACAACCUCUCUUUUCAACAACACAUAAAUAAAAACACCAAAACUGCUUUCUUCCACCUCAAAAACACAGACUGUCUCCGUCCAUCACAUCCUUAUCUGCUACAGAAACCCUGAUCCAUGACUUCAUCCAGAAGUGACUACUGCAACAGCAUCCUCUUUGGCACACCAUCCAAACUCCUCAAUAAACCCCCCUACCUUACCAAUCUGCUCCACCGCCAUAACCCGUCCCACACCCUUCAUUCCUCUGAAGCAAAUCUCCUCACUCCACUUCACAGAACCAAGCACCUAACCUGGGGAGACAGAGCCUUCUUAGUUGCUGCCCCCUCCCUUUGCAACACCCUCCCACACACAUCAGAGCCUGUACAGAAGUCGAACUUUCAAAACACUCACCAAAACUCACCUUUUUAAAAUUGCUUUUAAUGUACAACUUGUUUCUUUUCUUUAUAUUUUAAGUGUUGUUUUUAUAUUUGUGUUUUAACCUGUCAUGUGUA